AUGCCCCGAAGCAUUGAACUAUACUCGCCUGAGACUUACCAAGCUCACACCAAGUCGGCCUUAGCCGUGCAGGUGGCUAUCCACUCCACCAGCACCAGUCCCAGUCACCCUCUGAUAACAUUGCCGCAAGCGCUGGUCCAGACGAAGCGCAUCCACGAGAGCUCCAGCGGCCUGUCUACCUUCACACCGACUACGACAAAGGACGCCCCCAUUGUGCAGAUCGCCAGGCUGUCAAGCAUUCCGGGGUCAGUUUCAUCUGACGCGUUCAAUGCAGAUCAAAUGCUAAAUCACCGCAGUCAUACUAUGCAGUCACCCAACAAGCUCUGUCCGCCCACCAUAGUGGUCACAGCACCAUCAUCUUUCGAGGAUACGCUCUCAACAUCUGCAAACAUCGGAAGCGUACCGCAUAACUCAGCGACUUCAAAGCUCCAUGUCAACAUGAUUGAUGACGAAGACUGUGAUCAUCUUGCUUAUAUCAAGUCGCUCGGCCCAAAGUUCCGCGGAGUCGAAGAUUUGGUCACUCAUCCAAAAGCAGAUGACGGUGGCUUUGGCUUGUUGAACGACAUGGCUUCGUCCUCUCUGAACUCCGAUUUCGACUAUGAGGGUGAGUACAAAGACUACGAGUAUACCCACGGGAUUCUCGAAGGGAUGGGCGUUGGAUGCGAAGAACUGAGUGCUUGGCCAUACACCCACACUUACUUCCGCACCGAGAUGCCAGAUGGCAGCAAGAUUAUCAUGGCAAAGUUCCAUGAUUAUGCAAAACAAUAUACAGGCCGGCCAGCUUUCCAGGGUCACAAGGUCAGCGACGAGGUUCAACAGCACUUCAUGGACCUUGCUUGCGAUGUGUCCAACUACAAGCCACACUUGCAUCUUCUCGCAAGGAAAUUCGAACCUGUUGUGGAUGAGGAAGAGCCUCGCCUGAACAUUGGUUGUUUCGAGUAUCCUCGUCAGUUCCCAGCUGUGUGGAACGAAGACUUUGACGAGAUUCCGUUGCCUCUUGGAGAAGAACGUGUAGUUGUCGGACUAGUUCGUUCCGGUAAUCAGCGCAAAAUCGUCUACGAGACGAUGAAAGUGCGCAACGAUAUGCCGGGCGACCCAAUGGUAUAUUCCUCCUGCCAAAAGGGUAUCGAAGCAGCUCGCGCGCUCGCCGAGUACCAGGAAGACGAUGAGCAGAUCCAACAGGCUACGCCAAUCCCUGAAAGCGAUCGGCCUUGUUUUGAAGGAGGACUACGACUAGACGAUGUACCAAAAGCAAAGUGGGAUCACCUUCACGCUUUCCCAGGCGAAAACGAUGGAUUCGUCCAAGGUAUCCUGGAUAGAUUGGAGAAGCUACGCGCUCAACCGGAACGCUAUGAUCAUCUAGUCGCAAACGAUUCACACGAGUAUGCGGCCGGCAGUAUCCUUGGAGAUCGGAAAGGUCUCGAAGAAAACAUGAUUGUCGGUCUCUGGAAUGACUUGUACGAUCAAGAGGAGUGCGACACCGAGGCACUACGCGAACAGGGGCUGCUUAAUCCCGAAGACGACUUUGGCGAUAACCCAGAGUACCGGAAGGCAAAGAAGAUUUGGUGGGAGCAGAAGAUGGGUAUCCGCGGCACUGAAGCCAUUGUCCGGUAUCACAUGGAGCACGUUCGCUCACGGCGACGCCCAAAUCGAGCUGCAUACUUCCUGACCGAGGAAGACGAUGCCAUUCUGAACAAAAAUUCGCCGGAAUACCCAGCAUCGCGCGCUAAACCCGGGAAGGUUCCUGAUGGAUAUCAAUUCUACGACGAGCUUCACGACAGCCCGGUGGGUUGGACGGCAAAGUCUGGAUGCUGGAUUCGGCCGUGGCGCCUCUCGGUUACCAACACCAUCCCACACGACGACUUCGACGAAGAAUGUCGCGAGGCCUACGAUGCGCUCGUGGAAUACCAGGACAGCCGCGAACCAGGCUGCGAAGCACACAAAGAGCCAGAACAGUUUGCGCGCCCGCUACUGGCGGGGCGCCGUGUUCCUACUAUGGCUGCGCUAGAGCGGAAACGCAGCGAUUCGGGUGUUCAGUUAGAUAGCAUCACUGGUCCCGUUGGCCUAACUGCUGGAUUUAAUUGUGCACCCGGCAAGAUUCCUGCGGCUCUUCCAGUUGUCAACCGCAGCGCUUCAGUGUUGAAAGCUACAGCUCGCACGUCAGGCGGACUCAUGGAGCAUCUCCUGACAGUUCGCGAUGAUGAGGAAACCGGUCCGGCUGAUGCGGUAGCUAAUGCGCCUUCUCCGAAGUUCCUCAAGGCUUUCCUGGAAAAGAAGAAGAAUCGCAGUGCACCUUCUUCAAAAUUUCUCAGGGCGUUCCUGGAGAAAAAGGCCUUCGGAGGUGCUGUUAAAUCCAGCAUCCAAAUUCCGCCUGGCAUUCUCGCCGACUAUUCGGCAGUUGAGGAUGAAAUUCGUGAUCAAGACUCAGGCAUUCCCUGUAACUUGAUACAACACAAUGCACCCGGUCCUGUCCCUAUCCCGGGACGGGUCUGGGUACGCUCAUCGAACCCCGAGAUGAGCCGUGAUCAACGUCGCGAACAGCAGGUCACUGUUCCCGAUGGUAUAGCUCUGACCCGACCGAGGAAUGAUGCCGAGAACCGGUUGAUGAAUUCACUUCAUCUGCCCGUCAGCAAGGCUGAUCCCAUGCAUCGCCCUCGAAGAAGAUAA